CAGGCAGCAGCACAGCGACCAAACGAGACGCACUUAAGCUGCAGGCCAACCGGCAGACGACCGCAGCGACAAGAGGAGAGAGUCCUGCACAGAGAGCAAGCACACGCUCGCGACAUUGAGAAGAUAGAGAUCGUCUUUACAAAGGAGAGGCGAGCGCGUUGGGAUACUGGGCGCGGCCGACAACUGAAGCGCACUUUCUUUGAAGACAGACGAAAGCUCCUGUCGAGGCCAUGAGCGAUGGUCUACAGCUUGUUGUCAAAGCACUUGAGGUCAUUCACAGCCCGCAAUCCAGCAAUGCGGAUCGACUGUCGGCUCAAAAGCACAUCGACCAAUUGAGCGGCGAUCGUAACGCAGCCUGCUACUUUGGCUUCGAGCUUGCGAAACAGGACAAAGACAUUGUUCGACACUUUGGUCUCAAUCUACUGAGCAACAGCAUUACCAAGGAAUGGCAUAACUUUAGUACAGCUGAACGCGACCAAAUACGGCAGUGGGUCUUGAUGCUAUGCCAAGAGUGCGUUCGGGAGACUGGCGAAACGCAUUAUAUUGUCGAAAAGCUGGCUGCUCUGCUCAAUGACAUUGCAAAACGCGAAUGGCUGCUUACUUGGGGCGACUUUGAUGGCACCCUCCAACGGCUAUGGCAGACCAAUCAUACAACACGUCUCGUGUGUCUCAAAACGCUAAAUAAUCUAAUUGAGGAUGUAUUCCUUCACGAUGACCCGAUAGCAGCUCUACGAAGUCCCAUCUUGUCUGCAGGUGUCAUGACACUCAUGGCCCCUGCCGAUGUCGUUGCCGAGUUUUACGCAAAUAAUCCAACCUCUCUUGUACAUGGCAUAGCACAAAAACCAGGCUCAAAGGGUUGGCUACAAGUACUUGUUGAGCAACUUUUGCAAGAUUCAGAGGAUCAGGCUCUAGCGAUUCUGCAAGUCUUGCGCUCAGCACUUGGCUGGAUCAUCACAAAAGCUAUCAUCGUCAGCAAUACAAUGUCAGCUGUCUGCCAGGCUUUGAUGAACCCGAACGUCAAAAUCUCGACUUGCGCAGUGGACAGCUUAUACGUUCUGCUGACCCGGCCGCUACACCCCCAUGACGACUUCAUGCAGGAAAUCUAUACACUAUACAAGCCCGAGUCUCUGCAAGCACUCACGGAGGUUUGGCGUCGCACAGCAGGUAGCCUUCAAUUUCGACAUCUGGACAAUGCCGGUACGUUGCAGAAUGAAGAAGCGUACACUUUACUCAAAAAAUUGAGCGAGACCAUUGUUGCUCUCGCAUGCUUCAAGUUUGGCUCUAGCAGAGACAAGAAGCUUGAAGAAAUUGAGCUUGCACAUGUUCUCGACCUCGUCCUUAUGACUUGGCAGCACAAGUCUCUGAUCAUCUCCGGCAUGUCGCACAACUUUUGGUGUUCCCUGCUACGCGAUGAGAAGCUCAGCAAUCAUCCCGAUGUACUGUCGCGCUUUCCUCAAAUGCUACAGAUUGGCACACAGCGGCUUGUUCGCUUUGACGACGCAAAGACCAUCAUGCUGGCCCACUCCGAAUUACAAAUGUUCCUGGAUAUAGAUAUGGAGUCGCCACUCGAGCUACACGAGUUUUGCAUCAAUUACAGGCGCUUCGUUUACGACAUCGUGCGCAUGGUCGUAUACAAGCGUCCCCGAGAUGCACUCCUGUGGGUUCGCGAACAGGUCAAGCAUUUCUUUGCUGAAGAAUACGCGGACACCAACGUGGGUAGCUUCUGCACACGCACCAGUCCAAUGUACCUCAAUGUCGACGCCAAGUGUACGAUGAUCGAGGCCGCUAUUCAGGGUAUUAUCCGUUGGCAAGACCGGUGGGUGCCUGCCACUAAUCCUAUGAAGGACUUGAAUGGAGAUGCGACUCCAGAAGCACGUGCGGCUGCAUACAUGGAACUACAGUCUAUGAAGCGAGCGGAAGUUGCAUCAACACGCGAAAUCGUUGUUGCAUGGUGUGCUGAACUGAUUGAGCUCAACAUCCAAGAUCCGUUGAUGCUCGGUCGUCACAUCAGUGUCCUUGUGGCAUUCGCCUCCUUCUUGGACGACCGGUCGGAUCUGCUCUUCCGCAUUCUCGAAAAGAUCAUCCAGACCAUCACCCACUUCUACCCAAUCGAUGUUGCGGAAACAACCAUGGUUUCAAUACGGGAAUUGCGUGGGCGAUGCGGAACAGAUAUCCUGCGGCUUGCAAGCGCCCUCCCAGAUCAGCUGUGGACUAUAUAUCCUCAACUUGAGGCGACUGUUGACAAGAUUUUGUCUGCAGAGCACGUCUCUGAAAACGAUCAGACCACAUUCAAUGCUCUUCUGCUCAUCAUCAGCCAACGUGCUUCCGCAACUGAGCCAACAGAGAAGCAGGCUCACUUUGAGAAGAUUGUCAAUAAAGUAUGCUCAGCCUGGGACAACAAUGAGGUGACUGGUGCGCUCGCCAAUUUCGAAUCCUUCGCACAAGUCUUGCAAGUCGAAAAAGUGACCAUGUACUUCCAAAGCAGACAGGUAAGGCUUCCGCGUCAACUUGACUCCACUCAGCUCGACACACAGGGUAAAGCUGUCUUGCAAGACUUGAAGGACGGCAGCCGUUGGUCGUGGCCGAUUCGCGCUUCGCGCAAGUUUGUUGAUGCUACGCUCGACACGCCCAGCGCUUUGCGAGACUUCGAAAAGCAGCUAUGGCAUCGUCCAAUUGUUCACAUGGUGCCAAACCUAAUUCGACUGCUAAGUCGCAUUAAUGAAUACUACAACCCCAGCAACUGGAAGUCCUUGCCGAUCGAGAUGCAGUUGAUUGCUCAAGAAUCUAUCAUCGAGCGAUUCUGGCUUCACGGAGUCAGUCAGGUCUCUAGGGAUGAAUUUUUGGAAUCCAGUGCGAAGACCUCCGACACUUGUCGCGAGCUGGCCCAUCACAUCGGCCAUUUCCUUCGCAAAACACGAGAGUACUGUCUCGUGACUCUCGGCACCUACAGUCUUCUGGGGCCAGCAUUUUACGAUAUUCCAGAUUUGGGCGAUGCAUGUAUGCAAGCUUUCUUUGGCGACACCAGCGGGACUUCUCUGCAUGUGUGGGCUACUACCAUCACCUCCUGCCUACGUCACCUGCUGCUGAAUUGUCCGCGCAAUCAGUACGAAUCGUUUCUUGGUAAGAUCAUGGUGCCCUUUCCACAAAUGAUGUUGCAGAAAUUACAAGCAGAAUGGGCGAAGCUCAUGGAACGCGGUGCAUUGCAAAGUAAGGAGGAGGAAGGCACACAGCAAGAGAAGGAUGACUAUUCAGAUGAAAUGAUGGAAGAAUCACUGCUUCGACACCUGUCUUUUGCUGUCGUCAAGUUGUUGAGCGAUCUACUCGCGCCGCCAAUGCUGACGUUGCGUGCCGACCCGAAUGCUGCCGGCGGUACUGCUCCUGCUGGAAGCAUUCGUACAAGCCCAUUGUCAGAGUGGCUUCUGCGUCAAGAAAAUAUGGUUGGUGGUAUCGUGCUACUACUGUGCUUCUGCUUGACCAUCAACGAUACCCGUACAUCUGUUCAGGCUGCCAAGGUACUUCGCAGUAUUGUUCCGUUGUUGAUGGAGAAGAACGACUUGCAACGAUAUGUAUGCCAUGAAGUCUUUUCUGCCACAAUUCGCUGCAUUCACGACCCUUAUUUCGUUGCUGGACAAGGCGAGCUAGUCAAUCUCCUCGCUCACAUCUACUACCUUUCUCUUGGCAAGUCAACCUUGCCGCGCAACAUUAUCUUAUCAAUUCCACAAAUGUCGGGCGACGUUGGUGCUGUGAAGGUAUUUGAGGAGAAGCUGGCAAAUGGCAAAAGCGACCGGACGCGACGCAGUCUUAUGCUGGAGCUCCUGAUGAACCACGACGUUGUUGGUCGAGAAGCUUACGGUCGUGGCGCUACGAUGGUUAAACCAGGUGCAGAUGUCUCUACAAAGGAGAUUAUUAAAAAGUUCCAGGAGAGCGUUACCUUGAAGAAUGGCAAUGCAGGGAACGACGUGCUAUCCAAGGAUCAAGAAAGUGGUAUCGACAGGCUCUUUGACUGAAAAGGCAAAUUGAUAUCAUAAAAACUAAAUGAGCAUACACGCGAUGCCGUGAUGCCUUGGCUUGAAAUCUGUACAAUAUAGACAAGAAAGUAUCAACAGAUGUGACGUUCACUUUGCCUUCUUUGCCUUUGUCUCUGGCUUGUUCUUGGGCGCGAACCAGGACGAGGAGUAACCCUUUGUUUCGCUAUUGCCCCAUGCUUCGACCAGAUACUUUUGCGUUGAGUCGGCAACGCGCUCCUGCGAACGGCCCUUGACGCCGACCGUUGCGCCUGAUGUCGAAACGUUGAUGUUCUGACCGUUAGAGCUUGAAGCGACAUAAUGCUAGUGCGUACCUUCUUCUGCAGCUUGUCUUGCGUCUGUGUCAUCACGUCCUG